CUCCUAGCACCGGCGCAACAUGUGGUCCGCUACAAGAAUGUUGUGUUCUCAUCUAGUUUCAACCCGUACUUAACUAAAUAUCAAGGCCCCCCAUCGCCCGAAACAGACGACGCAUGGCGUGAGCUCUAUAAUUACCCAAUCUCUAUGAUCAAUCGAAAAGACGCUGCAAAACUAGCAAACCGCACCGUACCCAUUCCAGGAGACCCAGAACACUACGCCGUGUCAAUCGACGUCUUUCACCAACUUCACUGCUUGCAAAUGCUCCGCAAAAGAGCCUGGUACGCCGAAGGAUACGACUUCGACCACAACAUGAUGAAUAUCGACCAUAUCGAUCACUGCAUCGACAGUAUUCGACAAAGUCUUAUGUGUUCGGCUGAUGUUACUCCUCUUACAUGGGCUUGGGAUGAAGAGGAUCAAAAAUUGGAGCCAGUGGCUACGAUUAUGCAUACUUGUAGGGAUUUUGAUGCGGUUAGGGAGUGGGCGAGAGAGAAUAUUGUGAGGGUGUUUGAUACUAGUGUGCGUGUUGAGCCGGAUGUUUAA